AAAUAAAUCUCCAUGCAAUACAAACCCUAAAGUAUCAGAUCGAACUUGUCUCAGUCUCGGAGAUGGAAGGAGGCGUAGGUACCAAAGCUCCAGAGAGGCCUGAAUAUGUGAAUUUAUCAGAAUAUCCACCUGGUACAGAUAUCGAGUACGAGCUACACUACGAUGGAUGUCGUGUUGUUUCAAAAGUACCGAGAUGGGCUCACGAGAAGUGGCUUCUCAAGUAUCAGAAUGCGGGUGAUCCGGAGGAAGAUCACCCGCAGGGUACCAUCCCUCCUGAAGACACCUCACCAAGUGGAAAGCGCCGUUGUGAGGAUCAUCCAAACUCUGCGUCAGCAACUGCUGCUGCUGCUUCUUCUAGUGGAAAGCGCCCCUGUGUGGAUCAACCAUCAGAAACUGCUGAUGAUGAUGAUGCCUUUGAUAUACACGCUAUAAAGCGCCUUUGGGAGGCUGAUGUCGAGAUCCCAUCAGAAACUGCUGCUGCCUAUGCUGAAAUGAUCCGCUUGGAACCAGCAUUCGCAUAUGUAUUUCCAGAUUUAUAUUCAUAUCAUGAUUAUCCCGAUAGGUACAGAUUCUGUGUGAAGGACGGUCGCACAGUUGUUAAACUAAACAAAUGGGCUGGACCCAGAGUACCCGGUAUCACUUCUAAAGUGGAGGAUCCAUCAGCUGGUGCCAAAGUUGAAAAUCAUCUGUCGCCAGCAGAUUCUUAAAUUUACGGAUCCUUUGGGUUGCAAGUAUACUUGUUAAUAUUUCAAAUGUUUUGGUCAAAUCCGGUAUCAUCACUUUGGCUUUUAGUUUUUCAUGGGUAUAUAUAGAUUAGUUUUUUCCACAAAGUUCACUGGGUUUGAAGGUGUGACAGUUUGAUGUUUCAUGUCGAGUCAUGCGUGUUAAUGUAACCAAUUAGGCGCUUUCUUGACUUGUUAAUCCAUUGCACACAACCAUGACACUUUAUGAAUGUUAAGGUAGUCAGAAUUAGAUACGCGAUUUGAAUGCUAGUCCAAGUCCAACUGAAUUCUAUACUCGAUCACA